AAGGAGGACGCAGAAAAAAAAAAAAAUAGUUUCUUGUUUUUGAAGCCCGGAAGAACAUUCGAUUCAUUGUUACAGAUUCAAGUUUGGGAGUGAAAGGAGACAAAGCUACUCGUGUUCUGUAGCAUGCCUUUUUGGUCUUUUAAUGGCUGAAGACUUUUCAGUUUAUGGUGUGUUCAAGUGAAGAAGCUAUUACAGAUCUGAGGUAAUCUCAGUGAUCUGGUUUUGUCUGAGUGAUCUAACUAUAUCAUCCUCGUCGUCGUUUCUCUCUGUCUCUCUCUUCUUUGUGGUUGGAGUAAGUUAGGGUUUAAUCAAAGGCAGAGUUGCCGCUUCUUCACGUUAAGUGUUUUUUCCGGUUGGUAAGAGUUUGGUGGACCCAAGAAGCGUGUCGGUGAUAAGAAAGUAGAUUGGUUUUGUUUGCUGUCGGAAUUUUAGAUGGCUACAUCUCCGGCAGAACCUCCUGUUUCAAAUUCUCCACCGUCUCCACCGGUGGCUUCACCGCCUUUGGGCAAUUCUCUUCCGAGUAACAAUGCAACUUCACCACCGCCGUCUCAGUCUCCUCCUCCGGCCACACCACCACCAGUGACAUCGCUGCCUUUGGACAAUUCUCUUCCGAGUAACAAUGCAACUUCACCACCGCCGCCGUCUCAGUCUUCUCCUCCGGCCACACCACCACCGGUGACAUCGCCGCCUUUGGGCAAUUCUCUUCCUAGUAACAAUGCAACUUCGCCACCACCAGUGACACCGCCGCCCUCUCCAUCACCACCGCCACCAAACGGAGCUCCUCCUCCGGUUACAACCUCCCCACCAGAUGGAUCACCUCCUCCUCCUCCUCUGCCAAAACCACCUGAGGCGUCUCCUCCCCCACCGCCACAGCCAGUGAUCCCUUCACCUCCUCCUGCAAUUCCACCACCGCCACCGUCGGUGCAGCAACCGCAAGCUUCUCCUCCACCACCUCCACCAACUCCACCAUUACCCCCACCUCCUUCAUCUGUUUCUCCUCCACGGUCUUUGCCUUCACCACCAACCUCACAACGUUCUCCUCCUCCGCCGGCUUCAGAACGUCCCAUUCAGUCUCCACCUCCACCGCCUUCAGAGCGUCCCAUUCAGUCCCCACCUUCACCGCCUUCAGAGCGUCCUGUUCAGUCUCCUCCUCCUCCUCCACCUUCAAGACCUCCCACUUCAUCUCCUCCUUCUCCUUCGCCGCCUUCAGAGCGUCCUAUUCAGUCUCCUCCUACUCCUCCACCACCAGAGGAUACUAGUCCACCGCCUUCAGAUUCUUUUCCACCACCAACAUUCUCUUCUCCUCCUGUACCAGGUUCUAACAAUCCACCUCAGAACAACCCUACUCCUAGUUCUCCUGAUACUUCAAAUCCUAGUAACAGUAGUGGCCUUGGUACUGGAGCUAUCCUUGGCAUCACCGUCGCAGUGGCGCUUGUGUUGUUCAGUCUCAUUGGCCUCCUUGUCUGGUGCAUAAGAAGACGAGAAAAACGGCUUUCAGCUGUUAGUGGUGGCUACGUCACACCAUCACCAAGAUCAGACUCAGCUUUCUUUAGAACGCAGUCAUCUGCACCAGGGAGUCAUCGCACGUACUUCUCACAGUCACAAUCAGGUGGGUUAGGCAAUUCAAAGGCCUUGUUCUCGUACCAAGAACUUGUCAAGGCAACAAACGGGUUCUCGCAAGAGAAUCUUUUGGGCGAAGGUGGGUUUGGUUGUGUAUAUAGAGGGGUGUUACCAGAUGGGAGAGUCGUAGCUGUGAAACAGCUUAAAGUUGGUGGAGGACAAGGUGACCGUGAGUUCAAAGCUGAGGUUGAAACCCUUAGCAGAAUCCAUCACAGGCAUUUGGUUUCCAUCGUGGGACAUUGCAUCUCUGAUGACCGUAGAUUGCUUAUUUAUGAUUUUGUCUCUAACAACGACCUUUACUUCCACCUUCAUGUAUCCAAAGAGCUUCUGGACUGGGCAACACGUGUUAGAAUCGCUGCUGGUGCAGCUCGUGGACUAGCUUACCUCCAUGAAGAUUGUCACCCGCGGAUCAUCCACAGGGACAUUAAGUCGUCUAACAUUCUUUUAGAGGACAACUUUGAUGCUCGGGUUUCUGACUUUGGUCUUGCAAGAUUAGCUCUUGAUUGUAACACUCAUAUCACCACAAGGGUUAUGGGAACAUUUGGCUACUUGGCUCCUGAAUAUGCAUCAAGUGGGAAACUAACAGAGAAAUCAGAUGUAUACUCCUUUGGAGUUGUUCUUCUUGAGUUAAUCACUGGACGUAAACCUGUUGAUACAUCUCAACCACUUGGAGAGGAGAGCCUUGUUGAAUGGGCACGGCCACUGAUAAGUCAUGCCAUCGAAACCGAGGAGUUCGGUUCUUUAGCAGACCCUAAGCUUGGAGGAAACUAUGUGGAUUCCGAAAUGUUUAGAAUGAUUGAAGCAGCAGGAGCCUGCGUGCGCCAUUCAGCUGCCAAGAGACCCCGGAUGGGACAAAUUGUGAGGGCUCUUGAGAGUUUAUCUGCGGAAGACCUCACUAAUGGGAUGAGACUAGGUGAAAGCGAGGUCUUUGACUCAGCUCAACAGUCAGCAGAGAUCAGAUUGUUCAGAAGAAUGGCUUUUGGUAGCCAAAACUACAGUACAGAUUUUUUCACACAUACUAGUUACAACAGCAGAGACCAAAACGUGUAAAUAUCAUACACAAGAUAUGUUUUUUUUUAUCUUCUCGGCGUUAAGAGGGAACAAAACCCAUCAAGAACAGCUAAGUUUUGUCUGAAAAGCUCCCAAGCUCACUUUCUUGAGUGCUCAAAACAAAACAGACGAGCAUGUGGUAGAGGAAGAUGAGGAAUAAAGGUUUACUUAUGUUCUUGAGCAAGAGGGUUUUGUUUCUUACAUGAAAGCACUUUUUGUAUCUAUUUUUUUUUAUGUUUCUAAUUUUUUUUUAAAUCUUUACCUUCAAGUUUUAUGAUAAAUCAACAAGGAUCUUUCUGUGUCUC